AUGGGCUCUGAUGUUUGGGUUGGCUCCUGGCGGCCACAUCGACCCCGAGGCCCCAUCGCUGCGCUCUUCAAAAGCCCAGGACCCAAGUACAGCCUGCCUCCGAACACCGGCUACAUUCUUCACGACCCGUCGCGGCCCCGCGCUCCCGCCUACACCUUCGGGGCGCGCCUCCCCACGCAGCAGCGGACUUGCGGCCCAGGGCCCGGCCACCUGGUGCCCCCUCACAUGACCGUGCGCGGCCCUGACGGCGCCCCCUCCUAUUCCAUUCACGGCCGUCCACGAGACUCGGCGCGCUUCCUCACCCCCGGACCGGGUAGGUAUUUUCCCGAGCGAGCUGGGAACGUGGCGUACCCAAGCGCAUCUCACCACACCAUGGCUUCCCGAGAUUGGGGCGUCCAGUCUGAGCAGCAAACCCCAGGCCCUGGGAGUUACACGAUGCCCUCACUCUUGGGUCCCCAUGUCGUCGGCAAAGUGUCCGCCCCAAACUACUCCAUGUACGGCCGCAGCGCAGUGGGUGCCUUCUUCGAGGACCUCAGCAAGACUCCAGGCCCCUGCGCCUACCACGUGGUGAACCCGGGGGUCUACAAGUCCCGGGCCCCCCAGUUCACGAUGCUGGCGCGCACGUCACUUCCCCAAGACAGCACCAGGAAGCCAGGGCCCGCGGCCUACAACGUGGAAAAGUACCGGAAGACUGGCGGCUGGAGCUUCGGGAUCCGGCACUCAGAAUAUCAGGUGCCAGUCACGACGGACGCGGACAAGUGA